GCCGCCUGGCCGCUGGCUCGCUCUCCCUGCUGGCUGACCAAUCCCCGUUCGGAGUUCAAGAUUCCCGCCGCUCCACUCGCACUACGCCCUCGCUCCCUGUUUUCCGUUUCUGUUUUUAACUUUCACUCGGGUGAAGCUCGAUCGAUCCUCAGCUUUCAUCUCAGACGUCCCUCCAAGGGGGAUUUAAAGAGGAUCUCAAGCGCCCGCCGCCGCCCCCCACCGCGGUGCUCGUCCCCCUCGCCCACCGGAGACGCCCCCGCGGCGGGCGGGGCGGGAAGGCCCCGGUCGGCGGCGGGUGGGGCCGGGCGGAGCCGCCUCCCGCUCGGGGGAGCCCCGGGGCUCGGCCCAGCCCAGCCGCGCCUGCCCUCGGGGCAGCUGCCCGGAGAGCCGGCGGGGCGGUGGCCAGCAGGCGAUGGAGACGGGGAGACACCGGGCGAGAGGAGGCGGGGUGGGGGAGGCGGGGAGAGCGCGGGGGCGGAGGCUGGCAGGGGGCGCUGGAGGCAGGAGCCGCCCGUGCGCUCCUCGCGCCCGAGGGUGCAGGAGGCUCUGAAGCAGCGGUCGCACCGCGAGCCUCCGGGGCCCGGCUGGCGGCGGGGCUGGGGGGGGUGGGGCGGGGGGCGCUGCCGCCGCCGGGGGCGUCGCCGGCCUCGGCCCCUUUGUUCUCGCGCGCUCCCCCUCGCCGCCCACUCCCCUGCUGUCGCGCGGCGGCGGCGGCGGCGGCGGCUCCUCCCGCCCGAGGCAGUCGGGCUGGGCGCCGGGGGCGGGAGGGGGCGGGGGGAGCGCGCCAGCCGCCGGGAGUGGGGGGCGAUGGCGAAGCUCCGGGUGGCUUACGAGUACACGGAAGCCGAGGACAAGAGCAUCCGGCUCGGCUUGUUUCUCAUCAUCUCUGGCGUCGUGUCGCUCUUUAUCUUCGGCUUCUGCUGGCUCAGUCCCGCGCUGCAGGAUCUGCAAGCCACGGCGGCCAACUGCACGGUGCUGUCGGUGCAGCAGAUCGGUGAGGUCUUUGAGUGCACCUUCACCUGUGGCGCCGACUGCAGGGGCACCUCGCAGUACCCCUGCGUCCAGGUCUACGUGAACAACUCCGAGUCCAACUCCAGGGCGCUGCUGCACAGCGACGAGCACCAGCUCCUGACCAACCCCAAGUGCUCCUAUAUUCCUCCCUGUAAGAGAGAAAAUCAGAAGAACUUGGAAAGUGUCAUGAAUUGGCAACAGUACUGGAAAGAUGAGAUUGGUUCCCAGCCAUUUACUUGCUAUUUUAAUCAAUUUCAAAGACCAGAUGAUGUGCUCCUUCAUCGCACGCAUGAUGAGAUUGUCCUCCUGCAUUGCUUUCUCUGGCCCCUGGUGACAUUUGUGGUGGGCGUUCUCAUUGUGGUCCUGACCAUCUGUGCCAAGAGCCUGGCAGUCAAAGCAGAAGCCAUGAAGAAGCGCAAGUUCUCUUAAAGGGGAGUAGGCUUGUGGCAAGCAAAGCACAGAAACUGCGCUCAUCGGCACACGUCUACCUGCGGAGGCUGUUUCCUGGUGCAGGAGAUGGAAGGGGCUACGAGAGGUCUCUGAGAGGCUCCUCCCUCAAUGGCAGCAGAGACCGGCACAACUGGAAGACUUGGAACCUCAUAGAUUGUAUGCCAUGUGUCAUAGCGAUGGCUGAAGGGUCAAGCUCUUAACCGUAUGGAGUAACCAUUUCAGAAAAUCCUAUAAGAAGUUAAUUUUCUUUGGAAAGUAACAGUAUAUAAUUGUACAGUGUAGUAUACAAAGCAUUAUGAUUUCUGCUACUUAAAAACAUUAAAAGAGAGUGGUCUGUG